CUCUCCCAGUUUCCUUCCAGAGAGAGAGAGAGAGAGAGAGAGAGAGAGAGAGAGAGAGAGAGACGUGGAGAAGUGCGGGAAGGGGCAAAUUUGUGGAGCGAGAAGGUGAAUUGCAGAACGUUGCAGAAUGGACGAAGAACAGAUAGCGAAUUUUGUGUCAGCGUACUUGAAGAAGAAGGGUUUCAAAGAAACGGAACAAGCUUUUCAGGAUGAGCUACGCCAUAACAAGACUAAUUCAUCCUCUUCAGCCUCUUCCAUUGACCUCGACUUCGCUAAGCGCUUGCUCUCCUUCUCCGAAGUAGAGAAUAUUCCAGCCAGAUACCUUGAAGGAUAUAGCAAGCUUAGGUCCUGGGCUUACAACUCGCUAGAUUUGUACAAGCAUGAGUUGCUUCGUGUGCUAUAUCCUGUGUUUAUCCAUUGUUUCAUGGAUCUUGUGGCUAAAGGACAUAUUCAAGAAGCUCGAACCUUUUUCAAUAGGUUCCGUGAAGACCAUGAAAUGUUGCACCUACGAGAUCUACAAAAGUUGGAAGGCGUACUAUCUCCUUCUCAUUUGGAGGAGAUGGAAUUUGCUCAUUCUCUAAGGCAGAGCAAAGUUAACAUAAAAAUAUGCCAGUACUCCUAUGAGAUGCUACUUCAAUAUCUUCAUAAGACCCAAACCACAGUGAUACUUGGGAUUAUCAAUGAGCGUAUCAACUUCCAAGUUUUCCCUGGUCAGCCUAGCUCAAUAUCUGAUGAUGCUGAACUUGUGACACUCUCGGGAAGCACCCAGGAGACUGCCAAUCAGAUAAAUAAAAAAGAAGUCCAAUGGGGGUUACUUGAAGAUUCUUUAGAAGAACGCUUGGAGAAAGCUGCUGGUUUGCUUUCAGAUUCUGAGAAGGCUGAGGUAGAAACCAAGGAUGGUGAUGUGGAUGAGAAUAAGAAAAGAACAACUGAGGGAGGAAAGCAAGGUGCUUCAAUUAAGAAGGUCAAGAAGGACAAGACUGCCGGUGCACCUGGGAAAACUCUGAGGGCUGAAGCUAAUUCUGCAUCUAUGGCGCCACGAGUGAAGCCAGAGCUUGCUUUACCUAUAAUUACAACAGAGGUGGAACAAUCUAUUCUUGAAGACUUGAGAAACCGUGUGCAGUUGAGCUCUGUUGCUCUGCCAUCAGUCAGCUUUUAUACCUUCAUUAAUACACACAACGGUUUAAACUGUUCAUCAAUAUCUCAUGAUGGAGCUUUAGUUGCUGGUGGAUUUUCAGACUCUUCUUUGAAGGUUUGGGACAUGGCAAAGCUGGGACAACAGGCUGGCAAUACUGUUUUGCAGGAUGAAAACGACAUGUCUACUAGUGAUCCAGUUACAGGGCAUACAAGUGGGAAGAGGUCUUAUACAUUAUUUCAAGGUCAUUCUGGGCCUGUUCACUCUGCCACUUUCAGUCCCAUUGGGGACUUUGUUCUUUCAUCCUCUGCAGACACAACUAUUCGAUUGUGGAGCACAAAACUAAAUGCCAGUCUUGUUUGCUACAAAGGUCACAAUUACCCAGUAUGGGAUGUUCAGUUUAGUCCGGUUGGACAUUAUUUUGCUAGUUGUUCACAUGAUCGAACUGCAAGGAUCUGGUCUAUGGACAGAAUUCAACCUCUAAGGAUCAUGGCAGGACAUCUAUCCGAUGUGGAUUGUGUUCAAUGGCAUGCCAACUGCAACUACAUUGCAACUGGGUCGAGUGACAAAACGGUUAGAUUGUGGGAUGUCCAGAGUGGGGAAUGUGUUCGAAUUUUCAUCGGUCACAGGAGCAUGAUCCUGUCUUUGGCAAUGUCACCUGAUGGUCGGUUCAUGGCAUCCGGUGAUGAAGAUGGUACAAUUAUGAUGUGGGACCUAUCAACUGGUCGCUGUGUUACACCUUUGAUUGGACACACAUCAUGCGUUUGGAGCCUUGCUUUCAGUUGUGAGGGCUCUCUCCUUGCCUCUGGCUCUGCCGAUUGCACAGUGAAAUUAUGGGACGUAACUUCAAGCACAAAGCCACCUAGAACAGAUGAAAACAAAAGUGGAACUGCCAAUAGACUUAGAUCCUUGAAGACUCUACCAACCAAAUCAACUCCAGUUUACAGUUUGCGGUUCUCUCGGAGGAAUCUCUUAUUUGCAGCUGGGGCUCUCUCCAAAAGUGCAUCAACGGCUUGACACUCUUCGUUUGUAGUCCAUAUUUAAUAAACUUUUCCUGAUAAGAUCUCUUUUCUAACGUUCCAUUUAUUGGCAAUUUAAUAGUGUAUCAUUUCCAGCCAAACUUUUUGUGCAAAAGGACGUCUUGACAUUAUCUUAUCCAUGUAAGAAUUAUUCUGUUCAUUCCAAAUUUUGAAGUGAAAUGACUCGUACCUGCAGGGCUUACCUCACCACAAAUGAUUGUACUGUUAAUGGGAAUAAAGACGAGAAAAUUUGCAGCUAAAAAGAAUUUUGAGAUAAGAAAAGUGUAAAAGGAUAUGAACUGUUUGUUCAAUAGGGUCUUUGAAAAGGGGGAAAAACAAGUGCAUAGAUAAAGACGACGAGAAAGUGUUAGUACAGAUAAGAAAGUGCCAAGCUUUCACUGUUACUCAGGGUAGUGAACAGGCUGAUAAAGGUAGAGUACAGUAUUAUACCUGAAUUGAUGGCAUCUGUUUUACUACUUCUGCCAUUUCAGUUUCAAAUUGUACUGUAUCUUUUAGUCUUGUUCUUCAUUUGGCAUUCAUGAAAAAUUGAACUGUUCAUGGAAGCCCAUCUAGAACAGUAGAUUCUGACUUGGUAGAGGCAAGCUAAGAAAUGAUUCUCAUGUUAACUGUUUAUCAGGGUUGGAGAUGGCAGUGCACAUUUACUGCUAAAGCUCAGUAAGUAUAAAGUAUAAAGCAGUGCACUUUUGGAUGCCCUACUACUUAUAGGCCAUUUUCAUACAUUACAUCAUAUGUUUACACAUCUUAUUCUCUUGUUUGGAGCUUCAAACUUCACUCUCAUUGGUUGUUUAUACUGCAAUUUCAUCCAUACUUCUAAUGUCUGUGAUUAUGUUAGCACGAACCGAUGAGAUUAUGUGUUCUUCCAUCGUCUUCUCGGUUCUUGAGCUCCUCCUUGGCAGGCUGCAGCACAUCAAUUAUUCAACCAAAAGAUAUAUAAUCCACAACAGGCAACUGGCAAAGGAAGUUGUUGGCUUACAUUUUAUGAUCAAAUGCUACUACUUAUCUGAGUGUGGAAGUCCAAAAAUCAAUAAUCCUUUUUAGAUGAAUGCUCAACUCAAUGCCCUGCAUUAGAAGAGUAGACAUCAGUUCAUUGAACCCUUUCUCAAGGUUUAUCCGUAGAAUGUGUUUGUCGUAUGAUUCUACCAUUUGAUGUACUAAUUCCCGUCUCCUUCAGUUUCAUCCUCGUUGAGAUGGGGCGAGGGGGUUUGAGAUGACCUCCAUCCGUUAUUCAGGGAUCGAUAUUUCAUUGUC